AUGGAUUUGGAGCUGAAAAAGGCAGUGAUGGAGGAUCUUGAAAACUUUAUCAAUGGAGAAGAAUACUACCAAAGAGUGGGAAAAGCUUGGAAACGUGGAUACUUACUGCAGGUCCUCCAGGGACAGCCAAUCAUACUAGUCGUUGAGGAUAUCGAUUGCUUUAUCAAGCUAGAAAAUCGAGAAUCGGAGAAUGAACAUCGGAGAAAUCAAGAUGGCCUUUGGUCAAGUUGUGGAGAAGAACGCAUCAUAAUCUUCACAACCAAUCAUAAAGAACGAUUAAACCCAGCUGCGCUGAGACCUGGUCGUAUGGACAUGCAUAUUCACAUGUCAUACUGCAACUCUUCUGUAUUCAAGCAACUUGCCUUUAACUAUUUGGGGAUUAGGGAUCAUGGUGCUUUCCAACAGAUUGGAAGGCUGUUGGAGGAGGUGAAUGUCAGUCCUGCAGAAGUUGCAGGGGAGUUGAUUAAGAGCUCCAAUGUAGAGGCUGCAUUUCAAGGCUUACUCAAAUUCCUACAUGAAAAGAUUAGUGAACGACUUGCCCAAACAAAAAAACUAAUAAAAGAAUGA